ACCGCUCACUGCAACAAUGACCAACUCGGAUUGUUGUUAGUUGCGUUUUAGUCGUGCGACGGUGGUCGUUAGUAGUUGACGGUUGUUGUUAAUACGAGUGUGGUUAACUCUCGCGCGAACUUCGAACUUGGUCGUGGAAUGGGGAAUUUGGUCUCUGCGGUUGAAUCGUGCGGCUUUUUUUAGUGAAAAGAGUCAAAACAAAUAAAUCCCGAUUACGUCCAUCCGAAGAUUCCAUCGGUGCACUUAUUGGUCACCUGCGUAAAAUUUAUCACAGUGCUCGUUUCUAUCCUUCCGUCCAUAACGGCGGUCCGUUUUUUUCCCCCUUCCGUGCCUAUCCAGCGUGCCAUUUUCAUCAAUUAGCGUGGAGAGAAAAGGUUUCAGAAAUCAUUUGCGACGACACAGUCGUUCGUUUACAACAAGUGAACAUCAUUUCGACUUUACGUCGACCACGUCUCGAUAAUGUCCAGCCUUUGAACGACAACUACCUUCGAUAUCUGUUUUACUUAACCGGUCCAAAAACUUUGUUGUUCUUUUCAACCGUGACGCACAAAAACUGAAGUGGAACACUAUGAUGGUACGAAGAAACACUCUUUGUGACACUGCCUUCCAGGUCUUUGAUAUUAACGAACUUAAAUUCAGCUGCACAUACAACAUUAUUUAUAUGCUGCUCAAGUAAAUUCCUACAAACUCACUUUAUUCGCACGUGCUUAUUAAUAGUUCUUCAGUGUUUUUUAAGAAUUACAAAAACUCUUAAAAAUCUCUUCAUUUUCUUCUUCAAAUAAAAAUUUUGCUUACCGAACUGAUUGACAGGAAUUAUUUAUUAUAUUCAACAAAUUGCACAAGAAAAAUCGACUGUAUCUAUUUUAUCGGACAGUAAAGAAGUUGUUGAGGUUUUGUUGUUCGAUAUUUUCUGGGAUCAUCCGAGCACGUGUCACAUAUGCAUUUACCUGUGGGAUUAUUGUCUUCGAACAUUUCCAAACAGGAGUGGCCCCGAAUCGGAACCAUGUGUGAUUCCACGGGGAGUUACGGUGGCAACAAUCAGGAUCUUUGGUGGACGGAACAUUUAAUUCACGAAUUACAGGCAGAACAUCCGAAUGAACUUGUUCGAACGGGUAGUCCAUAUUUCCUUUGUUCUGCAUUGCCGUCUCAUUGGAGAUCGAACAAGACUCUUCCCGUGGCGUUUAAAGUGGUUGCCUUGGGGGAUGUUGGGGACGGUACCGUAGUGACUGUUAGAGCCGGUAACGAUGAAAAUUGUUGUGCGGAAUUAAAGAACUACACAACAGUUAUGAAGAACCAAGUAGCAAAAUUUAACGAUCUGAGGUUUGUUGGCAGAAGUGGAAGAGGGAAAUCAUUUUCACUGACCAUUACUAUUUCAACCAAUCCACCUCAAGUAACAACAUAUAAUAAAGCCAUCAAAGUUACUGUUGAUGGACCUAGAGAACCAAGAUCAAAAAAUAUCAUGGUAUUUGACCACAACGCAUUGUGACAAUGAAGGAAACCCAUGACGCGUUU